UGAUAAGAUCGUGACGUACUUCCGUUUAAACUGCCGAGGAAAAAGGCUAUUAUUGCCUAAGGCGAUCUACACGUUUUAAAAAGCAGCUAUGUCGCACAACUCGGAACGCCCAAGGCGAUUAUCUUACGCAGGAUUGGUGAGGCUACCUCAAGAAAAGUCAAGAAGAGUUUCCGACGCUGGUCAGAGUGGAAUUUAUUCUUCCGCCGCGUGUAUGACAUUGAAUAGCGGUGCUACCUCCGAAGCACUCGAGCCAGUAUCUUCUAUAUUGCACGACUCCGGUAGGUACGAAAUGAAUUUAAACCGCCCGACACGUCGUACCAGCCGGCCAAGCCGCGAUGAUAGUUUUACGUGCUCUCAGCAAUCAGUCCUCAGUGCUAUGGACAGAUUUGUUAAAGCAGUGAAUAACAUGGAUUCUACUGUUUUGGUGCCUUCUCGUCUGCAGGACAUGGACGUCGGAAACGAAAACAGUAAAUUUUCUGGCUGCUUGCCUGCAGGCCUCAACAAUACCGACGUGUACAGAUUCUAUUCAAUGCUAAAAGAUGUGAAAAAUGAGUUGUUGUGGGGACCUACAGCCAUAGCUCCUGCCCAUUCAUUACCUUGCAGCGGUAGGUCAUCUCCGAGUAAUACUAGAGUCAUGAAGCAUAUACGCCAGCCGUCAGAUGAUAGUUUAGGUAGCACUGGUUUCCCAUCGGACCAAGAAACCGAUAGUGAUAUUGAAAGUGUUGUGACAGAUCGGGACAGUAUGGACGAACACACCUCUACGCCUCCUGGCAAUCACCUAGCCUCUGCUUUCCGUCACCAUUUACUGGGACUGCAUACGAUUUUGAAUGAUCUCGCGGAUUCAGCAGACUAUUUGUCUUCGAGGUAUCAAGAAGAAAUAGAAGCUCCUUCUUCAUAACCUAAAUAUAAGUGUAAAUUUGUCAAAUUGAAACAUAUUUUGCAAUUUGGAGUAGUGCUCUCAGCAGAUCUUUUGAUUACAUUUCCAAAGAUGGGAAGUUUUUAAAACCCAGUUCUGCUGGAUUGCUCUCCUUUUCAAGUUAACUGUUGAAUUCUACAUAGAUAAUUUAAAAAUUGUAAAAAAUCUCAUCCUUUUGUCAUGGACCAGACAUUGUUUUAACAUCCAUUUUAGGAAGAACUCUGGAUUUGCUAGCAGUUUUGGAGCGAAUUGAUUGAAAAAUUCAGGCAAGCUUUUUAGUGACUCCAAAUAGAAUAUUCCUAUUGCUUUAUUUUUCGUGUGACUUAUUCUUCCGGUGCACUAUUCCUAUCUGUUACAAAACUUCCCGAUUGCAUGAUGAGUUUUUCGGCGAAUGAUAGUUGAAUAUUAUUUUUAUCAUGGUAUAUCAAGUAAUUUUCUGAAAAGUUUUAUUUAAAAUAUGUUAAAUUCUCGAUGGCUUUUAAACUGCUAGUUUCAAUAUCGUUUCAGUUCCUUUAAAGUGCUGUAGAAACUAAAGGUAAAAUAGCAGCUCAGUGUUAUGCAUUUUCAAUAUUGCCUCUCCUAGUCUUAUAAAGUUUGACAUUCCUGGUUCGCAGAAAUGUUUAUAUUGUAUUUAUUUCGGUAUUGUAUUCUGUGUAUUUGAAGUGCUUAAAUCUUCAGUGAACGGUCAUUGGUUCAGUUAUCAGCUAUAUUGUGUCAAACAAGGCAUUAUUGUUUGUAUAUAUUGCAUGUAUUUUUACGAGAGUAAUUAUAGAUAUUUAAAUAAAUUGUACUGAAACAUAA